AUGAUUGAUUUAUUUAUUAAUAUAGCAUCAUUUACUAUCUAUGGUAUACCUGUAAUUCCUUUAUUUAUUAUUGUUUUUGUUAUAUUAUCAUAUUAUCUUUUACUUUUACAUGAUGAAAGUCCAUUAUGGUUAGAGAAAGAGAAUGUAUAUAUUGAUGUAAAAGAAGGAGAACAACAUCAAUUCCCAUCAUUAGUAGAGAAUAAAAACCCAAUUGAUAAUAUAUAUCUAUCAGUUAUUGUACCAGCAUAUAAUGAACAAAUUAGAUUACCAUCAAUGUUGGAUGAUGCAAUCAAAUUUUUAAAUGAAAAAUCAAAAAAAGAUUUAAAAUUCUCUUAUGAAAUCAUUAUUAUUGAUGAUGGUAGUAAAGAUUCAACUGCUAAAUUAGUAACAUCAUACAUUGAAAAGCAACCAUCUUCAAAUAUUCGUUUAUUAAAAUUAAAACAAAAUAGAGGUAAAGGUGGUGCUGUUAAAAGAGGUAUUUUAUGUUCAAGAGGUAAAUAUUGUUUAAUGGUCGAUGCAGAUGGUGCAACAGAGUUUAAAGAUUUCAAUAGAGUUGAAGAUAUUAUGCACAAGAUUGAAAAGAAUGAUUUAGGUAUUGUUUGUGGAAGUAGAUCACACUUGGUCGAUAGUGAUCUAGUUGCAAAAAGAUCUUUCUUAAGAAAUAUCUUAAUGUAUGGUUUCCACAUUUUCGUUCAAACUUUAUGUGUUAAAGGUAUUAAAGAUACUCAAUGUGGUUUUAAAUUAUUCACAAGAGAAACUGCAAGAAGAAUUUUCCCAACAUUACAUAUUGAGAGAUGGGCAUUUGAUGUAGAAAUUUUAUAUUUAGCACAAAAAUUAAAUAUACCAAUUGCAGAGGUCGCAGUUAAUUGGACUGAAAUCGAUGGUUCAAAAUUGGACCCAUUCUCAAGUUCAAUUCAAAUGGCAAAAGAUAUUGUUCGUAUUAGAUUUAGAUAUCUUUUAGGUAUUUGGAAAAUAAAAUCAUAA